CUUAUGUGACAACUUGGUUCCGCCCAGUCGACACCGAAGCCGGGGACGGGGAGGACGCGGCUCUGUGGAACGAAGCGACCUCACUCGUGUUUCAUUGACAACUUUUUAUUUGAUUUUGCUGCACCAACUAUAACACCGGGCUGUGUCAUGUCUACCUCCCGUACGGUCAUAUGUUUGUUGAGGAACGACCUGCGUCUCCACGACAACGAGCUUUUCCACUGGGCUCAAAGAAACGCAGAGAAGAUCGUUCCACUAUACUGCUUCGACCCCAGACACUAUGUGGGAACGCACAACUACAACCUGCCGAAGACCGGGCCGUUCCGCCUGCGCUUCUUGCUGGAGAGCGUCAGAGACCUCCGAGACACACUGCUCGCCAAGGGCAGCAACCUGGUGGUGAGACGGGGUAAGCCAGAGGAUGUUGUCGCUGAGCUCAUCAAGCAACUGGGCUCUGUCAGCACUGUGGCAUUCCAUGAAGAGGUAACUUCGGAAGAGCUGCACGUGGAGAAAAAAGUGAAGGAGAUCUGCGCACAGAUGAGGGUCAAAGUUCACACCUGCUGGGGGUCUACGCUGUACCACAGAGACGACCUUCCUUUUCACCACAUGUCGAGGCUGCCUGACGUGUACACUCAGUUCAGGAAGGCGGUGGAGACCCAGAGCAAGGUGAGGCCUGUGUUUCCUGCCCCGGAGCAGCUCAAGCCUCUUCCUCCAGGCCUGGAGGAAGGAGCCAUUCCCAUGGCGCAGGACCUGCAGCAGACAGAGCCUCUGACUGAUCCUCGCUCAGCCUUCCCCUGUAGUGGCGGCGAAAGUCAGGCUCUGGCCAGACUCAAGCACUAUUUCUGGGACACUGACGCGGUUGCAACCUACAAGGAGACUCGUAACGGCUUGAUCGGUGUGGACUACUCCACUAAAUUUGCACCUUGGCUGGCGAAUGGUUGCAUUUCACCCAGGUAUAUUUACCAUCAGAUCCAGCAGUAUGAGAGGGAGAGGACGGCCAAUCAGAGCACAUACUGGGUGAUUUUUGAGCUUCUUUGGAGGGAUUACUUCAAGUUUGUGGGCGUCAAGUACGGAAACCGACUCUUCCAGGUCCAAGGACUCCAAGACAAAUCUGUUCCAUGGAAAAAGGACAUGAAGCUUUUCGAUGCAUGGAAAGAGGGACGCACAGGAGUUCCCUUCGUGGAUGCCAACAUGAGGGAGUUGGCCAUGACGGGUUUCAUGUCCAACAGGGGGCGACAAAAUGUCGCCAGCUUCCUCACAAAGGAUCUGGGUCUGGACUGGAGGAUGGGAGCCGAGUGGUUUGAAUACAUGCUGAUUGACCAUGAUGUCUGCAGUAACUAUGGCAACUGGCUGUACAGCGCAGGUAUAGGAAAUGACCCCAGGGAGAACAGGAAGUUCAACAUGAUCAAACAAGGCCUCGACUAUGACAGUAAUGGUGAUUAUGUCCGGCAGUGGAUUCCCGAGUUGCAGGGGAUCAGUGGAGCCGACGCACACACGCCCUGGACCCUCAGCCCCGCCGUGCUGUCACACGCUCGCGUCUCCCUCAGCGAGACCUACCCCACUCCCAUCGUCACGGCACCCGAAUGGAGCAGACACGUUAACAAGAAACCGAGUGGCUCAGGGCCUUCACCGAGAGGAAAGAAAGGCCCGUCUCACACGCCCAAGCAGCAUCGCGACAGAGGCAUUGAUUUCUAUUUCUCCAGAAGCAAAAACCUGUGACCCGUCACGACGCCGUAACACACGUGGACCACGCUCAGAGGACGGAAGACGCAAAAAAACCUGGGCUGUUGCCGGAAAGUCUGUGCCGCACACCGUCCUGUUCCCCUAGGGAAGUUGUCACAUGGAUUUGAGGAAAUGCACGUUUGCCCACCUACAUUUGAAAAGCAGAACUUGACUUGAUUUUCAUUCAUGCUACUCGGUUCUCUAGAAAAACGUGUCCUCGCAGGCCGUUUCCUGUUGUGCUGCUGCAGCAUCACGGAAAAAGCACCCUGUGGUUUUUAUUUCCUUGCGGCCGAUCUGUUGCAAUGAUCUGUCCUCUUCCUUUGUCGUUUUUGGUGCAAUUUCUUGUCUUGCAAUUCUCUUAAGUCUGUUGUAAUUUUUGGGGGGAGGGGUGUAUGUGAAUUCUUUAUAAAAUAAACAUGUACAAAAAAAGAGUGUUUUUGU